UAUUUUUCAUCUUAUAAAAAAUUACACAUUUUAAAAUCGGAUCUAUUUACUCCUAGAACUACAAGUGUUUAUCACAUAUUUUUAUUCCGUAGAGCUUAAAACGGUUGAAACAACCAGGUCCCAAUAAUGAUUUUAAGACUAAUCACCAUACUCUGCAUACUCAAGUCCACCACGCCGACGUAUUCUUCAGAAUCUGGUGUUCCACAUGAUGUCCAACUCACGCAACCCAAUAAAAGAAUGGAUCCGAUUCCAGUUGUAGCAAGAAAUUUGCAACUCGGACCUGCUUAUGCUCCUCCAGCCGUGAAACAAUGUUCCCAACGAGCGUCCACUCCGGAUGCCACGUUCAGCCGGAGUUGUUACGACCCGAAGGUGCAAUCGGGACAUGACGUCUGCAAGUUUUACAUUGAAGGUGCCAUCUACACGGGGAAGGAUCCUUAUCAAGCGGGCUGUCCUUCCGGAACGGUCGGGUAUUGCUGCUGCGAUCCGAAAAUCGGGACUUGUGAAAAUAUUGUUUAAGAACGUACUUUUACGUAAAUAAGUAGGUUUAAUUUCAAAUUUAUGUCAAACAAUGUGUUGACUAAUGGAUUCGAUCCUCAAAUAAUAAUAAGUUCCACCGAGUGAGAAUAGAAUAAAAUUGUUGUCAUGAUAUCCAAUUAUUCGUGG